CCUUGCAGCAGCCCCAUGGCACAGCUCUCUAACUGGAUUAGGGGAGAUAUCAGCGACUUGCAAGGCAGAUCGGGUGAGAUCAGAUGAUUCAUAUCAUGACAGACUCGUGAUAUAUAACUGAUAGGUAACGGUUCCCUUGGCUUUGAUUUGUAACCAUCAAACUCGGCUCUCCAGUCGAUUCCAGCGCCAUUCUCUUUCUCUCAACAUAUCCUAUCCGUUGUCUGUAAUAUUCUACUUGUACGAAUAAGGUGAAUCCUAUUCCUCGACACGACGACCGUUGCCUGCGUGUUACCGUCUCGGGUUACAGCCAACAUGGCGGAUGGCGCACCGGUUCUCGGGAGCGUGUGGUUCUACGCCCCGACUAAUAUCGCCCCUAUUCCUUUCGCUGUCCUGUUUGGUGUUUCAGGGAUAUUGCAUCUCUGGCAGUGCUUUCACUACAAAUCUUUUCGAGUAACCGCCUACCUACCGUUCUGCUGUGUCCUCUUCACCGCCGGCUUUAUCCUCCGUGAAGUCGGCGCCUUCAGUUAUGGCAACGUCAAUGUCUACCUCGCAAGCACCCUCCUCAUCUACAUGUCACCCCCCAUUCUCGAACUCGCCAACUACCACAUCCUCGGCCGCACGCUCUACUACGUCCCCUACUUCUCGCCCAUCCACCCGGGGCGGGUGCUCACAACCCUCGGCGCGCUCUCAGCCGUAGUAGAAAUCCUCAACGCGCUCGGAGUCGCCUACCUCGCCACCAGCCGGACGCCGGAGGGGAAGAACUACGAGCUGGGCCACAACCUACUACGCGCCUCCCUCGCGCUGCAGCUGGCCGUCAUCGUGCUCUUCUACACGCUGGCGGGGCUCUUCCACGCGCGGUGCGCGCGCGCCGGCGUCGCCCACCCGCGCGUCCGCGCCGUGCUCUACUCGCUCUACGCCAGCAUGCUGCUCAUCCUGGCUCGCACGAUUUACCGCGCCGUGGAGCACUUUGCCGCGCCCAUGGUGGUGGCCGGUGCGGGUGCCGGUGGCCCGGGGGAGGAGGCCUGGCGCAGUCUGAGUCCGAUCAUUCGUUAUGAGUGGUUCUUUUGGGUGUUCGAGGCUGCGCCCAUGCUGGUUAACGUGCUGAUGUGGAAUGCGCGUCACCCGCGCUUCUACCUGCCGCAGAGCUACAAGCGCUAUCUCGCGCAGGACGGCGAGACGGAGCUGGAUGGGCCCGGCUGGGCGGAUAAGCGGAAUUUGGUCAUGACCGUCGUGGACCCGUUCGGCAUCGUGGCUAUGUGCGAGAAGGACCGCCGUGGCGAGCCGUUCUGGGAAGAGAAUGGGUACCACCAUGUGUUGGGCGGGAAGCCAGGGCAACAGGUUGUCUGAUGGCCUUGGUUGGGUCACUUGGGUGAGGGGUAGUUCCCUUUGUUUUGUGAUUUCCGAGCACUUGAUACCUUUUGAUCUUUUGUUAAUAUUAGAAAUAGACGGGGU